UCGCGAAAUCAAGUAAUAUCGAGGCGUCAGCCUCCGAAAGUGAAGCUGUGCCUGACAGAAGUUUUAUAAUAGCAGCGUUUUUGACCUGAGGUGGGAUUGUCGGUUGGGCAAGAAUGCCCUUGAUGAGUGUCUCCAUGGGAUUCUAGCCAAGAAUGGCAUGUAGAGAAAAGGAGCAAAGGGGCCAGCGUAGUGGUAUAAGGUCAAGUGGCUUCGGAGGGCGAUGCUCAAGUAUAGAGUAACAACUAACUCUGCUUCUCAUUUCUCCAAACCCAUUUCGUCUUUCUUUCUACUAUUGCACAUUCUGAUCAACAGAGCACGUCUCUCAUUCUAUUGAUUAAAGAGAGACGGAUUGCUCGACAUCUUAUGCCUCCCAAGCGCACAAGGAACAAAUCGUCUGUGCCUGUGCUGACGCGGAAGGCCCCUUCUCGGGAUGCCAAAACGCGUGCAGUUGCUUCCACAGCAUCAAUGUAUAAAGAGGCACAGGCAUAUCUAGAUGACGGCUCGGACGAUUUCUCAGACCAGAUCAGCGAUCCUGAGGACACUGUUUCUGAAACCGAAGUAAAUAAAAGUGAUCAAGAGAGCCAUGAUGAAACUCAAGGCUCAGAUGAUUUUGAAGGGCCACUUCAAACGCGGAAGCGAUCAAAAAGAAUACAACGGAAUCUCGGGAAAACGCCAGCUUCACGUUCAACAACUGAGAUAUCACUGCCAAAGAGAGCCUCUGCAACAGGGAGGGGGAGGGGACAAAAUAAUAAUAGUAUCUCUACCUCAAGACCAAAUGCAGCUAGUCGGAAGUCGAGUUCCUCAUCAAGCACGACAUCUCCGCAUACAAUGGCCUCUUCUGUCACUGGCCCAAAGAGACGGGCUGGAAAUGUGAAAUUCCUUCCAUUAGUAACGAAUCCUACAUCCUCUCCGCCCUCGGGAUCGCACUCUAGUUCUGGCCGCAGUAAAGCAAGCCCAAAGGCUAAAGAUGAGUUUCAACAGGAUGAUCAGUGGGUAGAAAAGUACGCGCCUACAAACAUCGAAGAGGUUGCAGUCCAUCCUGGGAAGAUUGCAAACGUCCGAGAAUGGCUUCAAAUUUAUACUGAUCCAAGGAACCCACAACGAGAUUUUUCAGGCGGAGCUAUACUCGUGUUGAGCGGACCUGCAGGGUCAGGAAAAACGACUGUACUCCGGAUACUAGCAAAAGAAAUGGGGCUAAACAUUGUAGAAUGGAUCAACACUGUGAAUGAGAAUAAUGUAAUUCAACGACCUAAAAUGCCAGGGCAAGACAACUGGGGACCAUCUUCAGUCGAUGAGGAGUAUAUUCCAGUGAUGAGAGCAUUUCAGGAAUUUUUUGCAAGAGCGCACCGCUUUAGGCCCCUACAAACAACACUUGCUGCUUCUCUUCAUUGUCAGGAACCCAUAUUCCCGUCAACGCCUAACAGUGACAGCACUAAUAAAAAUCUGAUCUUGAUUGAGGAUUUACCGCCUAUAUCUGCAUCUUCAUCACGGAAGAUAUUUCAGGAUACCAUCAAAAACUUCAGCAACUUGCGGAGCAAAUCUACAUCUGUUUUGGUCAUCAUCGUGAGCGACGUCUAUGCAAAACAGAACACGGAGAUGCUAUUUUCUAAUACGAGUGAAAACAGAGAUUCGGCGCUGACGAUCAGGACACUGUUACCACCUUCUGUCUUAGAUCGAAUUGAUUCAGGGAGCAGGAAUAAUUCGAGAAUCAAGCAGAUUAAGUUUAACCCUAUAGCGCCAACUAUCAUGAAAAAGGCGAUCCGGAGAUUGAUUGAGCUUGAGUUCAAAUCCUCGCAUUCACAUGCACCAGAUACAGCCGAAGUGGACCAACUGAUCGAAAUUCAUGAUGGGGACAUUCGGGCAGUCAUCAACGCGCUCCAAUUUCUGUGCUAUCUCCCGACUAAGAAACGGAGAUGUUAUAGGAACUUAGCGGUGGAAGCAGAAGAGGAACUAAAUGCCUCUGAUAGGCUGAUGGUCCAUAAUUCAGAGAAUAAGGUGAUUGUGGGACAAGAUUCGUCUUUAGGAGUGUUCCACGCUGUUGCCAAAGUGCUUUACAAUAAGCGUGACUGGUCAAAGCCUAAUGUAACGUUUGAUAGUGAUAUAGUCAAGGUUCCUGUACAGAGUUGGACCAAGGGACGACCUCCUUUGCGUUUCGAUCCCGAGAAGGAGUUAAUUGAGAAACUGCCUGUUGAGCCUGAUUUAUUCACCUUAAUGCUGCAUCAGAAUUACACAAGACAUAUGACCACAAUUGAUGAAUGCCUCACUGCAAUCGAAUAUCUGUGUAUUGCAGACCAGUUCUCAAACUCUUCCGCUAGCAGUGCCAAUUUUACUCAAAUUAUCCAAAUGCAGCCUUACAUGACAUCACUGGCAGUUCGUGGGUUGUUGUAUGCUCCAACAUUGGCAGGCCCAACGUAUGGAGGUAACGUUAGAGGAGGACAAAAAAAACAUUGGUGGCCAGAGCUAUUUGCUGUUAAUCGAGCUAUGCGGGCGAAUGAUCAGCAGUAUUCGGAAGUCACUGCUGAUCUGGUGGGAGAUGAAAUACAAGGAUUACCGUCAGGAUAUGUUACUGGGUCAGGCUUCUUUCCCAAGCGUGUCGUUCGUGAGGAACUCGUUCCAAUGCUCCACAAAUGCAUUAUUGCAAACCCGUAUAUGCCGAUUUUCAGUAAAUCACUUCGACCAAGCUCUAAGAACUUUAUUCGAGCAUCUUCAGCAAACUACGGCAAGGGAGUAGGUAUGAUCCGAAAAGAAUUCGGUGAAGGAGAUGAGGGGUUUGUGGAGGAAUUAGUGAGCCCGGGUAUGAGUGGCGAGGUAGGAGGAGACAACGUCGGAUGUUCUGACUCGCCUGAACACACAAUCAUUAACUCAAGCACAAGAUCCAGGCUACAGGAACGCAAACAGCAACAACAGCAGCAAGCUAAUACAAGUAUGUAUGAGAUGGAGCAUGAGGAUGAUCCAAUUGAGGAUUUUUCAGACUGAUCUGGUACUGCAGUUUAGCUUUUCUUUAUCCGCGUUGUGAUGUGCAUGUAAUCAAGCGCCACUAUCAUUAUAAACAUUACCACAUAUAAUUUUGCUGUUUUGUAUCUGUAAAAGUG